GAAACACAGUGCAAAUAAUUUAAAAAGCAUAAAAAAAAAUUAAAGUUUAUUUUUGAUGCAAGAGGAAAGUUUAUUCUGGAUGUUUUUUGGAAAAGAAAAAAAAAGCUUAGGUUCCUAAAAGAAACAGUGGAUCUAUCUGAUUAACGACUUUAGGUGGACACUCAUGCAAAAAUAAAGUGAAUUACUUAUAGUUUGGAAGAAUAUACAAUGGGUCACUUAUCGAUUGGACGUAUCGUCUCCGUAUUCUGUGUUUGGGCUUGUGCCGUCAAUAUUAAAGUUUACAGCCAAUACCGACAAGACUAUACGUACUACCCAGAGACCAGGGCUUGGUUUAAAAUUCACAAGGUGCCCACAGAUUGGAACGAAGCAAGACUGAAAUGUUAUUUCGAAGGUGGGAACUUGGCAUCCCCUAUCAACGAUCGGGUGUACGCCGUGAUGAGAAGCCUGAUGUUGGUGCAGUCUGGGCCGGUGUUCACUGGAGUACACAUGAUGGAUACAGCUGGCGACUACUAUUCCAUUGAAGGCAUUGCCUUGGACCAGAUGCCCAUACAGUGGGCAAAAGGUGAGCCCAACAACUUGAAUAAUACAGAGCGCAGCCUGGCAAUACUCCCGGACGGGACCUUUGCUGACGUCAAGUCAUCUAACAUACUCCCCUACAUAUGCUACAAACCAAAAACUGGCAAUGAGAGUAUAUCCAGUGAUUGUGGAACUAACGCCAAAGGUUACGAGCUGGACCCGGUGUCCAACAGUUGCUACAAGUACCACGGGGACUGUGUGGUGUGGCACCGCGCCCACAUGGUGUGCUCCGCGGAAGGUGGUCACCUCGUCAUACUGAACAACGACCGCGAGGCGCAACUGAUGUUUGACCGUUACUCGAAGCGCCCUGUCAACUGCAACGGUGAUGAUGCAUCGAGCUCGCACAGGUUCUACUACAUAGGCUUCCACAAUAUUGACGUCGACCGAGCCUACUGGUUCACGCUUGAUGGUAGGCGUAUCGAGGAGGCAGGUUAUUCAAAUUGGGCAGCUGGCGAGCCCAGUGGCAACCACGAACGCUGCGGAACUCUCCUCAGAGACAACAGCGGACUCAACGACAUCAGCUGUGACGAAUGGCUGCCAUUCAUCUGCGAAAUCACCAACCCUAAAACCGCAUUCAAUCCUUAGAAUAAAACAAAAAGGGAAGAUACGGUACGCUCAUAUUAGCAUCAAAUAAAAUAUGACCC